UUCACCCCUGCGCCCGAUCGAACAGUUUACAGAUUCUUCAUCCAAUUAAGUGUGCAGCUUACUACUUAGGAGUGAUGAAUUUGCAGUCACCCAACUGCCAAUUAUAUAUAUAAGCUACAUGUUCUAGGCUGGCUGGCUGGCUGUCUGGCUGGCUGGCACAUACCAUAUAUAUGUGUGUUGUGUUCAACUGGGGAACUGGUCCCGAAUCUCCACUAAGAGAGACCCAACCCCAACUCUCUUUUCCCGCAGAGUGGAAGAGAGCCACAGCUAUGGGUAAUGGCCGGCCAGAUAUCGACACUUCUCUUUGACUCGGAAACAAUUUUAAAAAGGAAGGUAACUCUAGCCAGCCUCUGAGCCGCAAGAAAGUAACCAAGAUGCCUAGAAACUGUGCUGAAAAUGAAGUGGACGACGAGGAGGAAGCAUUGUCUCUGUGUGAUCUUCCCAUCAAAGGGGAAGACCAGUCGAGAAAUGAAGCUCAGUCUUCCAAGACCGGCGACGACUUCGAUUUCGGGUCAUGGAGCGCCUCCGUUUUGACAGAACCCGAAAUGUGCGCCGCGGAUGAGGUCUUCUUCCAAGGCCAAAUUCUACCGUUCCGCCACUCCAUAAGCUCGGAGAGCGGCCUGGCCGUCCUCCGAAUGGACAGCCGGAGCCCCAGUAGGAGCGUCUCGAGGUCCGAGUCCAUGGACCAUUGCUAUUCGGGCGGGUUCGCCAGUGUGAGCAGCAGAAGCAGCAGUAUUCGUAGCCACCAUUCGUCAAGCAGCGGCAGCUCCACCACCACCGCCAUCGCCACAAAAAAGCAACGAGUCCGAAACCAAUUCCAAUAUUCACAUCCAAGUCCCACGCCGCAGAUCAGGGUCUCCGCCUCUCGCUACGGCAAUGUCAGCCUCCGGAGCCGGAAAUCCAAUCUAUGGAGCUACUUCCAAGUCGGUUUGGUACGGACACCGGGAAACAUUCAAUUGCAAGAUAUUAAGCUUCCUCGUGGCAACAAUAACAGAAGUAGUAAUAACAAGAAUUUUGGUAGCCGUAACAGCAGCAGCAGCAGUAAUGGCUUUAGUGGACCCAAGAAAGAGAAACAGAAUUUGUUCGAUAGAAACGGCCCAAUAUUCGGAGGCUGCAAGUGUUCCGUCAAUGCAGUUGACACAGUUCCUUCGAGUGUUAUCAUCGUUAAGAGCAACAGUGCUCACAAUAAUGGGAACGAAGCACGGUCAGGAGAAGAAGAAGAAGAAGAAGAAGAAAGGAAGAAGACAAAGCAGCAGAAAGUAAAGCAAGCGGUGUCGCGUCAUCGGACGUUUGAAUGGCUAAAGGAGCUUUCGCUUGCAGGCGUCCCCGAUGAGUCAUAGCGGAGUUGCAAAGGGGAGCACGCAUGCUAUGCCAUGCGAUGCGCCUUUUGUUCUGUCAUUAUCAUUUCCAUUUUCACUUGGCCUUUUGCUUUUUUUCCGUUUUUCGAAAUAAGUAAUUUGUAGUUUGAGCAAUGGAUGCACUGUAAUCUAGGGAGCUCCGUCCGUUUUAUAUAAUUGAUUUGUGUGCAA